GCUGGCAACCAAAACAACUCUCCAUGACAGCUGGGUUGGGUGGGUUUCCUGUCCGUGUUGUCGGGCUGCUGAGGCCUCUGAGGGGUUCGCACACCACCUGGAUGCUUAGAAGGACUCGUGUGGGGCGAUGUGUGUGCCGGGCAUGAGAGUGGUGGGUGUGGUAUUGGCGGUGACCUGUCUAGGAAGCAACCAAGCCCUCACACUGACUCCUCCUUGCCUCCUCAAAUUUGAUAAUGGCUCAUCAAUCAACCUCAUGAUGGUGGCGGCAGCACCAAUGGACGCCCCGAGGUUCAUAGACGUCACUGCUGAGAACAAGCUUGAUCAUAGUAAAUACUCCUACAAUCCUUGCUAUUCCUAUGUGUACCCACCAGAUGGUGAGGCAAUGGCCUGCAGUAAAGAUGUUGCUGUCUGUCAAGCAAGUAAAUAUGGCUAUUCUAAUGUUGGUACUCAGAGCUCUGCUACAUUCCACUACCAUAAUGAAACUGGCAGAUGGAUGAUUAUCUAUAAAAAUUACAAUGGUAAUAGGUUGACUAAUGUAUUUCUUCAGUGCAGUAACAACACUGUUGACUCUUUACAUGUCUGGGGUGAAACUGAGAAGAAAAGUAUGUAUAAUAUGACACUGAUUUCUCGCUGUGCCUGCAUUGAUGGCUGUGGUUAUCCCAUCCUUCCGAGAGGCAUGUCCCUUGGCUCGUUUCUGCUGCUACUACUUCUGCUGGCAAUCUUCAUCUAUCUACUUGUUGGUUAUGUUUAUCGGCGCUUUGUGAUUGGAGCAAGAGGAAUAGAGCUCUUCCCUCAUCUCAGCUUCUGGAGGGAUUUCCCAUAUCUUGUACAGGAUGGUUUCUUCUUCUUAAUAAAGUGUGGGCAGGACGACCUAACUUAUGAGAGAAUAUGAGCGAUAAGGGCAUCAACAUUCAAGAGAAUAUUAGGAAUGCAGACACCAAGUUUCAAGAGGGAUGAGGACACCAGUACCUUAAUAGCUUUACUGUGAAAGGAUUAUGAUCUUGAUAAAUGCAUUGUUUUUAAAGAAAAAUGUAUGUGCAUUAUUUACAGUGCAUUAAUUAUUUUUACAUUUAAUUUUAAAUUUAAGCCUUCUCACUAGAUUUUUAAAGUUUAUAUCAUUCAAUAUUAAUAAAUGAAUAAUUUUACAAUAAAAGUAUGAUUAGUGUAAAUUUUGUACUGUGCAUACUUGCCACUUUUUAGAAGCACUUACUGGUGAUAGUGGAUGAUAUAUUCAUGUUAUAUAUUUGUUGUUCUCAUUUAUUCAUUUGUUUUAGGCUCAUUUAAAAGCAAGAAGACAAGGAGCACCGCUGAAAGUUUGUAGAUUCACUUCACUUCUGUUGUAUUGGAUACUUGUACUCUUGAAACCCGCAGCUAUAAAUUGUGUGUAAACUUUUUUGUCUCAACAUUUUGUGUAUCCUAAAAUUCUCCCAUUUCUAUUUUGAUCAAUCAUAUUGGUGGUGGUCUUUUGAUUAAAAAAAAAAAAAAAAAAAAAAAGCAAAGUUUUUAUCAUCUUUCUCUUUUUUAUGUUCAAAACUAAUAAGAGUAGGUUAUUACUCUGGCAUGCAAUAAUUCCAGUUUUGAGAUAUUACCCAUUUGUUGUUUGAUGCAGUUAGUGCAAAAGGUUAGGAUUAUUAUAGGAUUCUAUAGGAUAAAAACCAACCUGCCCAUCUACUUGUAUUUGUGAAUUUUAUUGACAAUCCUUAUCCCAAUUGGCAUUUGCAUGUGUAUUUGUUGUGCUGGAAAUCCAGGGCUGUAGUGUUCUGUGGAAUCUUUCUGCUUGCUCUUUUAUUUUUUAAUCCAGCAUCACACAACCUGACUCAGUAGGGUGUGUGACUUCUUUUCAUUCUCUUAUUCAGAUAUUUUGUAACCUCUUGGAAGGAUGUUUAUGUUAAUAUAGUGCAAGAAUGCAAGAAGUCUUGAAAAUAUUGCAGAAAUAGUUUGUAGCUUGGCGUAGUUUGUGGCAGGCGUAGUACACGCCCCAUUUCUGAGCUGCAUUCAAGAUGCAAUGCAUAUAUCUUGCUGUGCCUGUUUCAAACACCACUGGAUGAAAUGUUUUGACAUUUUUUGUAUAAAAUUGAAAAGGAUGGAAAAAAAUUAGACAAAAGAUUACAAAAUUAAACAUACACCUUCUACACCAAAUAGAAAAUAGUUUAUUCAGGAGGGAUGACCCCAAAAUUGAUAGUGUAAGUAAAUUUUUCCCUGUUUCUUAGCUGCUCCUCUCACUUUACUUAAACAAGGCCUUUUUGGAGAGUCAGGAGUAUUUUUUAAGGAAAUGCACUACCACAGGGUGCACCAGUUACUCACAGAUUUACAACAUUCACAGAUGUCUGCUACCUAACCCCUGCAAGUGUUAAGGAUUGGCUAUACAUUUUCACUGCACUCUUUUCUCAAGGAUGGGUAGAGAUUUCCAUCUAAGCAGGAGUACACACAUGUGCAGAAUGGGUGGAAACUUUGUCUUUUUAGAAUGUAUAGAUAUUAAUGUGAAAAUUUGUAUUCUUUUAUGUGUUAUGCAUAUUGUAACUCCAUGACAGGUUGUUUUGAAGUGUGUUCAUCAUAAUCCCCUACUAAUUACUCAAAAUAGCUGCUGGGAUUCUCUCACAGAUUAGAUAUGUAUGAUACUCUACAUUUCCACUCAUCACAUCAAUCAUUAGUAUAUUGUUACUGUAUAUUGGAAUUAUUCAACUCUACCAUGAAGACAUGUAUAUAUAUUUUUUUCAAUUGCUGGAAAUAUUUCCUUGUGCACCAAUAUAAUGUUUAUAUUUUUCUAGAAACAAAUAAAAUAAUGAAUACACUGAAA